AUGCUCUCCUUUUCAACCCUAGUCGACAAGAAGGGAGCGACGCUUGUUAACCCUCCGGGUACGAGGGAAGAUGGACACUUCUCCUUCGGAUUCGGCCGGCGUGUCUGUGUAGGAAAGCACGUGGCAGGUAAUAGUCAGAAACUUCCGUUGGAUGGCUGUGUAGACGAAGGCGCCGUUGUCUCCCCCAAGCCCUUCGCGGUCAACAUUCAACCUCGUUUCCCGGAAGCGCUUGCCGUGCUCACCCAGGAACGUGAGCUUCACGGUCGCUAA